AUGAAUUCGCUGGAGAAAAUUCUGCGUGACGCGAUUGCCUACGGAAAUCCCAAAACACAUCGGCCAUAUAAGAAAAUCCUAAUCAUCGUCGAAGGUAUUUACUCAAUGGAAGGUUCUAUUUGUAAUCUUCCUGGAGUGAUCGCCUUGAAAAAGAAGUAUGGCGCUUAUUUGUACCUGGAUGAAGCGCAUUCAAUAGGUGCGAUGGGGCCAACUGGUAGAGGUGUGGUCGAGUACUGGGGAUGCAACCCAAUGGACGUUGACAUACUGAUGGGCACGUUUACGAAAAGCUUCGGCGCUGCAGGCGGAUACAUUGCGGGUUCAAAGGUAUAUAAAUUUACUACUGUCAAUCGUUACAUCGCUUCGUUGAAGUCGUACCCUGAAAGCACGAGCGAUCGCUGUGCGGACAUCGAAGUUCCUUAG